UUAUAUAUAAAAGGAAAAUCUCAAAGCAAAAACAUAUAUAAGAAGAUGAAACAGAGGGACGGUUUUGCUUCCAAUACCCAUACCCAUACCUCCACUCUCUCCUCCUCCUCCUCCUCCUCCACCGCCAUCGCCACCACCAUCACCAGCUCCACCGCCGCUCCCAAGAUCGAAUCCCUCCAACAACUAAUGGUUUCCAGAAAAAAAUCCAGAACUAUUUUAUCCCGAAUCCCCCUCAAAUCCGAUCCUUUCGAUCAACUGCCCGACGAUCUCGUCGUCUGCAUCCUCUGCAAGCUCAGCUCCGUCGCCGCCUCUCCUUCCGACCUCCUCAGCGUCCGUAUCACGUGCAAGAGACUGAAUCGAUUGGGUGCUUAUCCUUUGGUGUUGUCCAGUGCGGGUGCCGGAGCUUUCGACAUUGACGCCGGAAAAUGGUCGGAAUCCGCUCACCGGUUUCUGAAACAGUGCGUCGCCGCCGGCAACGUCGAGGCCUACUACACUCUCGGCAUGAUCCGAUUCUACUGCUUGGAGAACCGCGAGAGCGGUGCUUCUCUGAUGGCGAAGGCCGCAAUGAGGUCCCACGCGCUCGCUAUGUACUCGCUCGCCGUGAUCCACUUCAACGGCAGCGGCGGCUCCAAGGGCGCCAAGGACUUACGCGGCGGCGCCGCGUUGUGCGCACGCGCCGCCGCCCUCGGCCACGUCGACGCCCUACGCGAGCUCGGCCACUGCCUCCAGGACGGCUAUGGCGUGCGCCAGAACGUGCCCGCUGGGAGGCGCCUCCUCGUGCAGGCCAACACGCGCGAGCUCGCCGCCGUGCUCCGCCGAUUGUCUCCGUCGUUCGUGAACUCGCUGCUGACGCAGCAGCCGGACCACCAUGCCCGGCUUCACCACCCCGGCCGGCGAUGCCCCAUCCUGAGCGACUACGGGUGCGACCUGCCUGUCCCUGAGCCACACCCGGCGAACCGGUUCCUGGUGGGGUGGUUUGGCCUCCGGGGAGGGUCGCCGGGCCCGGGCCCGGGCCUGGGCCUGGGCCUGAGGCUCUGCUGCCACGGCGGAUGCGGGCGGCGCGAGACCCGAGCCAACGAAUUCCGGCGGUGCUCUGUCUGCAACAAAGUGAACUACUGCUCCCGGGGUUGCCAGGCGCUGGAUUGGAAGAUGCGGCAUAAGGAACAAUGCGCACCCACUGAUCAGAGAGAGGAAGAAGAUGAAGAUGUUGCAGGGUAAUAAUUUUUUAAAAUUUUCUUACUUUUGAAGGACUUUAAUAGGGUUUAGGGUUUGUUUGUGUACAGAAUGUUAGGGAUUUUGAUUUGGACUUUGGGGAGGGGGGUUAGAUUGGUCCCAUUGAGAAAAUGGAAGGGGUAGUUUAGGAAAAGAAAUUUUUUUUUUGUUUUUUGUUUUUUGUUUUUGUGGAAAUUUAAAUGGAUUGUUUUA